CCAGAAGUUGGACAUGCGGAGUUCUCGCGAGAGUUCUCUCUUCACAUUCCAUUGGACGGGCGUGUUAGCGAGGCCGGAAGUCGGACAAUACGGAGUUCUCGCGAGAGUUCUCUCUUCACAUUUCAUUGGACAGACGAGGCCGGAAGAUAAAAAAAAGGAGAUAUCGCGAUAUUUACUAGGGAGGCUACUCGCGAGACUUGACGGAAGGAAUUGGAAUCAAUCUUCCCCCUGUGUCAGAAUCAUUGUGUUGCAGCUCUACUCCCCCCAGUCACAGCUCAAGCUCUUCUACACGGGCUACUGGGCCUUGAACUUUUCCUUUAAUCCCUCAGGAGAGGAAGGGACUGUGGACUUGGGACAAGUAUCUGUGGCCAAUCACCAAGGGCCUGUAUCCUGAGGAGACAUUUGCAAGAAGAAAGUGAAGGGGUGGAUUAAACCGUAGUCCUAAGCAGUUGUGCAACAACAAGACUUGGGUUUGGGAAGUGUUAAACACUGGCAAGAGAUUGGUUUAUAGAGGUGGAACUAUAACCCUCAGCAGUCUACUCACUUAUAUGUGCCUCUGGUGCAGACAAUGAUCUUUCAAGCAGGUUGUUAAGAAAAGCUGUACAGUGGAUCCCUCAUUGCAGACAAAAUGAGUUCUCUGUUGGAGCGACUGCAUUCUAAAUACAGUCAGAAUCGACCAUGGCCCGAAACCAUCAAACUAGUGCGGCAAAUAAUGGAAAAACGGACAGGAAUGAUGUCUGGCAGCCACCAGCACCUUGUCACUUGUUUAGAGACCUUGCAGAAAGCUUUGAAAGUGUCAUCUUUAUCUGCCAUGACCGAUCGUCUGGAGUCAAUAGCAAGACAGAAUGGCCUAACAUCCCACCUGAGUCCAAACGGCACGGAGUGUUAUAUUACUACGGAUAUGUUCUACCUUGAAGUACUUUUGGAUACAGAAGGGCAACUGUGUGAUGUAAAGGUGGCCCACCACAGAGAGAACCCAGUGAGUUGUCCAGAGCUGGUUGAGCAACUAAGGGAGAAGAACUUUGAGGAUUUCUCACAGCAUCUGAAAGGCCUGGUGAACCUGUACAAGGUGCCGGGGGAUAACAAAUUGGAGACAAAAAUGUAUCUUGCUCUUCAGUCUUUAGAGCUUGACCUCACAAAGAUGGCUGCCAUUUACUGGCAGGCUACCAAUGCCACUGUGCUGGAAAAAAUACUGCAUGGUACAGUUGGGUACCUGACCCCAAGGAGUGGAGGCCAGGUCAUGAGUCUGAAGUAUUACGUCUCUCCAUAUGAUUUGUUUGAUGACGGCACAGGAGCAAGCAUAUCUCUCAGCGAAGGACACGUUCCUCGGUCACUUGGAAUGAAUGUGUCUGUAACCAUAGAAGCGACCACCUCCAUGUACAAGCUGCCUAUCGCCCCGCUCAUUGUGGGCUCCCAUGCUAUGGAUAACAAAGGGACUCCAUCCUUCACUUCCAUAACAAAUGCCAACAGUGUGGACCUCCCUGCUUGCUUCUUUCUAAAGUUCCCGCAACCCAUUCCAGUUUCCAGAGCAUUCAUCCAAAAAAUCGAACAUUGCACUGGUAUCCCACUGAUUGAUGGUUCCCAUACUUUCCUGCCUCAUUAUGAGUUGGUCACCCAGUUUGAGUUGGCCAAAGAAAAGGACCCUGGACCAUUAAACCACAACAUGCGGUUUUAUGCGUCUCUGCCUGGGCAGCAGCAUUGCUAUUUUCUCAAUAAAGAUGCCCCUCUCCCUGAUGGAAGAUCUCUGCAAGGAACGUUGCUGAGUAAGAUUCCGUUCCAGCACCCUAGUCGUGUGCCCGUCAUCCUUAGCCUGAUCCGGCACCAGGUAGCUUACAACACAUUGAUUGGGAGCUGCGUUAAGCGCACCAUGCUGAAGGAAGACUGCCCUGGCCUUUUGCAGUUUGAAGUGGCUCCUCUCUCCGACUCCUGCUUCAGCAUCUCCUUCCAGCAUCCAGUCAAUGAUUCUCUAGUAUGUGUUGUGAUGGAUGUGCAGGAUUCCACUCAUGUGUCUUGCAAACUUUACAAGGGUCUCUCUGAUGCUCUCAUCUGUACAGACGACUUUAUUACCAAAGUGGUCCAGAGGUGCAUGUCAAUACCUGUAACAAUGAGAGCCAUUCGUAGGAAAGCAGAGACUAUACAGGCUGACACACCAGCCCUUUCUCUCAUUGCUGAGACCGUGGAGGACAUGGUAAAGAAGAACCUUCCACCAGCCAGUAGUCCUGGUUAUGGGAUGACUUCUGCACUUAGUGGCCUAACUACCCCAACCAGCUCGUAUACCUCGGGGCAAAAUUCUUCCCUAUUCAACAUGGGGAUGAAGGAGCGACAUGACUCAACAGGCCACGGAGAUGACUUCAACAAAGUUACUCAAAAUCCCAUACUCACCAGUCUUUUGCAAAUCACAAACAACACCGGUGGCACACUGGGCUCAAGUCCAACACAACCCCAGCACACUCCACCUCCUGUCUCUUCCCCAGCAAGUAAUACCAAGAACCAUCCUAUGUUGAUGAAUUUGCUGAAAGACAACCCAGCACAAGACUUUUCCAACUUGUAUGGUGGUAGUCCAAUGGAGAGGCAGAAUUCCUCAGGAUCGCCUCGUACAGAGCUCGGUGCUUCGGCAACUGGAAAGCCCAAGAAAAAAAGGCCCAGGACAGGGGCAGAAAAGAUGAAGAACCAGACAGAGGAUGACUUUCAGAGGGAGCUCUUCUCCAUGGACGUGGACUCUCAGAACACCAUAUUUGAUGUGGGCAUGGCAGGUGAUGCUCUGGACACCCCUCACAUCACACCAGCACCAAGCCAGUGUGGCACACCACCAACUGUGUAUCAACAGUCUAUACCCCACGCUCAGUCUAACAUGCAGAGAAUGGUGAGGAUCCCUAGCACAGAUGCCAUUAUCCCUGAUGUCACAGACAUUCUCUCAGACAUUGCAGAGGAGGCCUCCAAGCUGUCUGGACCUGGGGAAGAUUGUCCAAACCUUGGAACUCCUGUGAGGGAUUCCUCCAGCUCUGGACAUUCUCAGAGCACCCUUUUUGAUACUGAUGUGUUCCAGGUGGAUGGAGGUGGUGGCAGCGGUGGAGAAAACCCAUACCCAGAUCCAGUUGAUCUUAUUGUAGACUCACACGGGAGUCCAAACAGUGAUUCCCCUAACACCUUCUUCAACAGUGUAGACUUUAACCCAGACUUGCUAAAUAGCCAAAGCCAGAGCGGUUUUACAGAUGAUUUAAAUGAUGACAGCAGCCAGAGUGGGGAUAAUGAUUUUAAAGACUUUGCUGGGCCGGGCCUGGCCUCUUUGAAUAUUGUCUCGGGGCUUCCAGUUGAUGGGGGUGAUGGUAAAUAUAAGAUGGGUUUAGGAGCAGAUACCUUGGACUUCAGCAUUAUUUCCACUGGAGGUAGUAAAACUCUUGGUGGUCCAGAUAUUCAGGAAACACAGAGCAGGAGCCAGAGCCCACUGCUUAGUAAUGAUUUGGGAAAAGAUAGGCCACAAAAGCAAAAGGUAAAGGAAAGCAGCAACGGUGGAGGAGCAGGGGGAGGCCUAAGUGGGAUGCAAAGUGCUGGAAUGGAAGGAAAGUCUAUGAAACGUAGUCGCACCCCUUCCAGUGAUGGGAAGAGCAAGGAUAAGCCACCCAAGCGCAAGAAGACAGAAUCAGAUGGUAAGUCACCAUCACAUAUAACCAACCGUCCUUUCACCCCACCUACGAGUACGGGAGGCUCAAAGUCUCCAGGAACCUCUGGAAGAUCACAGACCCCUCCUGGUAUGGCCACCCCUCCUAUACCCAAAAUAACCAUCCAGAUUCCUAAGGGUACAGUGAGUGUUGGGAAACCAUCAUCCCACGGUCAGUAUAGCAGCAGUGGGUCAAGUAGUUCAUCAAGUAGCAAAAGCCACCAUGGGCAUUCCUCAUUGUCAUCCUCAGCCUCUGGGAAGAUCAAAAGCAACAAGUCAGACGGGUCUUCUGGAAUGAAAAUCGGGAGCAGUGGAGGCGGAAUGUACUCUGGCCAAAGCGGGCAAUCAAGCAGCCAAUCCAAAAAUAGUUCUCAGUCGAUGGGAAAGGCAGGUUCUUCGCCCAUCACUAAGCAUGGCCUUAGUAGCAACGUCAGUAACUCUAGUGGAAGUAAAACUAAGCCACAAGGGAAGCCUUCAGUGUUAAUGAACCCUUCCUUGAGUAAGCCAAACAUAUCCCCUUCACAUUCCAGGCCAUCGGGUGGCUCUGAUAAGAUGUCAUCUCCUAUGAAACCCAUGCCAGGGACUCCUCCAUCUUCUAAAGCCAAGUCCCCCAUUGGUUCUGGAGGUCAGCACUUGUCUGGAGGUGGUUCAAACUCCACAACAAAGUCCUCCUCUGGGCUUGUGUCCUCAGGAUCUUUAUCCCAAAAGCCAAAUUCUUCUUCCUCCUCCUCCUCGUCCUCAUCGUCCUCUUCAUCGUCCUCAUCAUCAUCCUCCUCUUCCUUUUGUGGUGGCGUUUCCCAAAACCUUCACGGCAAUUCAAAGGGAAAGUCCCCUAGCAGGAACAAAAAGCCUUCUUUGACAGCAGUCAUAGACAAGCUGAAACAUGGUGUAGGCACAGGAGGGCCUGGUUCAGAAGACCCUAUGGAUGGUGGUGGAGGUGGUGGUAGCACUGGGGCCCCUAGCCAUGGCAUGUCUUCUAAACAUGGAAUGGUUGUAGGGGAGUUUCCAACAAAACGAGAAAAGAGCGAGAAGGACAAGUCCAAAGGGUCAGGUUCUGGGGGUUCAUCUGACCCUUCCAAAAAAGGAGGAGGGGAUUCUAAGGGCUCUGUGGGCACAGGCGUAGCUAAAAUUAUUAUCAGCAAACAUGAUGGGGGCUCUCCCAGUAUAAAGGCAAAAGUGACAUUACAGAAACCAGAAGGCGGUGGGGAUGGCCUUCGAUCACAGAUGCAAAAAAACUACGGGUCGCCCUUGAUUAGCGGUUCCACACCAAAACACGAGAGAUGUUCCCCAAGUCAUAACAAGUCUCCAGCGUACACCCCUCAGGCGCUGGACAGCGAGAGUGAAUCCGGCUCCUCGUCCAUCGCAGAGAAGUCUUACCAAAACAGCCCGAGCUCAGACGACGGAGGGGGCAGCGGAAGCAGGGCUCAGACCGAGUAUAGUGCCGAGAAACACAAAAAGCACAAAAAGGAGAAGAAGAGGCUCAAAGACAAGGACAGGGACAGAGAGAAAAAGAAGUCCUACGGCAUGAAGCCAGAAAGUUGGUCCAAGUCUCCGAUUUCUGCCGACCCCACAAUGGCCAUGUCUGGAGGUUCCAUGAUGAGCUCCGACCGAGGUGUCAGGCCAACUCCAAGUUUCCUCAUGGACGACGAUGACUUAAUGGAUGUGCCUCUCACUUUAUAGGAGCCUGAAACCUCAUCCGCAGUGGACUCUCUCUUUUUAUUGCAUGCGAGUUUAGCAGCACGAAGGGAUCCAUAAAAACGCAAAGCUUCGUCAGUAUCUCCACUAUAUUUUUAUUAUGCUGCUCCUAUUUUACAUUUAUUUAAGGUUUUAUUUAAACGUAACCGUCCCAAGGCCUAAGCCAUUGUAUGGAGACACGGCCAUUUUAUAGGUUUAUACGUUACAUUUUGGUGCCCGGCUUUUCUUUUUAAGUGCUCAGAUUUUCAGUUGAAAUGGUCUUUUUUUUUAUCUUUAAUACCGAGACUUACAUUCUCCUUGAUUUUUCCAACAUGGUAUUAUAACGGCUGCGAACCAUGCAGAGUAUAAAUACAAUAAUGUACCCCGUGUCAGGCUGAAGGUGCCACAUUGGCUGUGAACAAUUCGGGUGCAAUAUUGUACCUCGAUUUUAGGCUGCAGGUGCCAUAUUGGCUGUGAACCAUUGGGGAGGCAAUAUUUCACCUUGAUUUUAGGCUGCAGGUGCCAUAUUGGCUGUAAACCAUUCGGGGGGGGGGCAAUAUUGUCCCUCGAUUGUAGGUUGCAGGUGCCAUAUUGGCUGUGGAUCAUACAGGGGACAAUAUUGUACCUCGAUAUUAGGCUGCAGGUGCCAUAUUGGCUGUGAACCAUUCGGGGGGCAAUAUUGCACCUUGAUUUUAGGCUGCAGGUGCCAUAUUGGCUGGAACCAUUCGGGGGGGCAAUAUUGUACCUCGAUUUUAGGCUGCAGGUGCCAUAUUGACUGUGAACCAUACGGGGGGGCAAUAUUGCACCUUGAUUUUAGGCUGCAGGUGCCAUAUUGGCUGUGAACCAUACGGGGGGCAAUAUUGCACCUUGAUUUAAGGUUGCAGGUGCCAUAUUGGCUGUGAACUAUUCGUGGGCAAUAUUGUACCUCGAUUUUAGGCUGCAGGUGCCAUAUUGGCUGUGGAACACAGCCAGUAUUACACCCCCAUGUUACAUGGCGAUAUUACACCCCCAUGCCAUGCUGCUGAUGUCAUUUUGUUAGUGGAACAUGCAAAGUAGGGAUGCACCAAAUCCAGGAUUCGUUUUGGGAUUCUGCCUUUUUCAGCAGGAUUCAGCCGAAUCCUUCUGCCCGGCCGAAUUGAAUCCGAAUCCUAAUUUACAUAUGCAAAUUAGGGGCGGGGAGGGGAAUCACAUCACUUUUUGUCACAAAACAAUGGAUUAAAACAUGUUUCCCUCUUCCCACCCCUAAUUUGCAUAUGCAAAUUAGGAUUCGGUUCGCCCGAAUGCUGCUGGAAAUGCCCAAAUUAGGGUUCAGUAUUUGGCUGAAUCUUUCCCAAAGAAUUCGGGAGUUCGGCCGAAUCCAAAAUCGUGGAUUCAGUGCAUCCCUAAUGCAAAGGCAAUGUUACACUUGUAGCCUGACAUGGGGGUUGGAAUUUGAAGAGACUGGAGCAAGGAUACAUAAAACCCAUUUUAAAUAUAAAUAAUCGCACAUUAACUUAAAAUGUGUAUUUUGUCCCCAGAGUUAAAGUCCAGUUGGAUAAAUAAUGAAUGAGAUGGGACAUAAAAGACAGUGUUGUUUCUCUCUGCACUCAUGAAUUCUAUAAAUAUAUAAGUAUUACAUGGUUUUUGCCCCAAAACAACGGGGAUUCAAAGUAAAAAAAAAACUUUGUUAAAGGGCAGUUUUUAUUCUGACUUUUAUCGAGACUCUUUUACAAUUUUACUUGUUUCCCUCCUCCUGUAAAUACGCCUGUCCUGUUUACUUUUUGUACAUAAGCUUGUUCUGUUUUUUUUUUUUUUGUUUUUUUCCUUUUCGUUACAUCUCAUUUGUCCUGCCAGUUUUAAAGCUUUUUAAAUUGCCUUCUGACGUUUGGUACAAAAAUAAAUAAAUAACAAUAAA